CGCCACCAAAAACAAAAAAAUAAAUAAAUAGAAAAACGACAUGCUACACUAAAAGAUAAAGCAUCACCAACUUCAUCCAUUGCUUUCACCCGUCUUUCGUAUGCAAGGCGCCAUUAGUGGGGACCAUGCUCCGCUAUACUUCGCAGUUGGCAGCGCUAUCUGGCCACUAAGACUUCGCCGUUAGCGUGCUGGCCGUUUUCCUUUUUGUCUGGCCGCGCAGCCUUUCUUUUGCGGCGUUUCAACCUCCUCCUCCUUUUUUUCACACACGUACAUUCACUCACUCUGUAUUUUUAUUACACAAGUAUAUACGGCUGUAAUGAAGUCGACUUGAAAAAGACAGCACGGGAAUGCUCGACGAUGACGAAAGCCAGCCGCUCAUGACUGACUCCCAUAACACACCAGGCCCGUCGGCCUCCGACGCGGCAAAUAAGAACGACAUGACUUCCUCAUCCUCCGAGACGGGACGCGCAGACGGCACAGAGUCGCCGCUGCGAGAGCCAAUCGACACUUCGCUACCAACACCUCGAUUUAUCCGCGAUCAGGACGGCCAAAACCCGCGCUGGAACUGGGUUCCGUAUCCCAUCCGCCGCACCGGAACCGCCAUUGCAACAUGGGCUCGCGGACCACAGCCCCCGCGACGAUAUCGAAUUAAGCCGCUGUUCCCAAAGGUCCAGGAAUUCCCAUUACAACUGGUAGACCGCUUCCUCUCCAACACAAAGCACCGCUGGCUGCUCGUCUUUUUCUACCUGGCCCUCUGGGCCGUCACAUUUGCCCUGGUGAAGCGACAGGGAACCAUUGCCACGGAUAUUGCUGGAUUCGGACAGCCUAAAGUAAUUGGCUGCGGCAGCACAUACUGGGCAUCAGGAAAUAGCUGUGGUCUGGACGGCACCGACUGCCGCCCGUUUGAAAGUGAAGGGUUUGCGUUCCGAUGCCCAGCCAACUGCGCGAGCUACAAGGCGCUCAACCCGCGCGCCGUGGGCGACCAGGAAGUCGUCUAUGCCCCCUUUAUUAUUGGCGGCCCAGCCAACGACUCGGCGCUCGAUAGGCCCAUCUACCGCGGCGACUCGUAUCUCUGCGGCGCAGCCAUCCACGCAGGCGUCGUGUCUAACCAAGACGGCGGGUGCGGUGUCGUGGGCCUCAUUGGCUCCUACAAGGGCUUUGUAGCGUCGAAACGACACGGUAUCUCGAGCUUUGGCUUCGACUCGUACUUCCCGCUCGCCUUUGAGUUCAACACAACAGUCAACUGCGACGCCCAGGACACACGGUGGUCGCUACUGGCCGUGUCUACAGUCUGGACCGGCAUUCUCGCGCUCUUCACCUCAUCUCCUGCGCUCUUCUUCUUCCCGACCUUUAUCGGCAUCUUUGUCACUACCGGCCUCGCUAUGGACCCGCCGCCAUUCAGCACGCUCGCCGCUCUCAUUUCCGACCAAGUCGGCAAGAUCCUCCCCGCGCUCUUCUGCGCAUGGGUUAUAUACGAUAAGAUGGGCGUCCGGCGCACACUCAAGGGCCUCCGCGCACAAAUAGAAAAGACGAUCCUUUGGCUCGGCGCAUGCUGGGUCGGCGCACUCACGAAUUACACACUAGACUUUAUCCCUAUCCAGCGGCUUAACGGACACGACCUAGACCAGCAACCAGGCGCCAAGGCAGCACUGGCCGUCAUUGUUAUUAUACUAUUUGUCAUUAUCGUUUUCCAAGUCCAUUAUUUCCAGCGCGAAGGCCGCUUUUUGAAAUACAUUAAGCUCUACGCCCUUCUUCUGUUUGGCAUCAUCAUCUGUCUCACGCUGCCGAGCCUCAACCUCCGCAUCCACCACUACAUCCUCGCACUGCUGCUGCUCCCCGGCACCAGUUUACAGACACGCCCGUCGCUGCUCUACCAGGGUCUUCUGGUCGGUCUCUUUAUUAACGGCAUCUCACGCUGGGGCUUCGACUCCAUUCUGCAGACAUCCGCAGAGCUCCAGGGCGACGCGCAAAAGGGCAGUCUGCUACCGCUUGUGCAUCCGCCGCUCAUCAACUGGAACAAUGCAACGGUAAACGCAAUGUCGAAUAUUACACUAGAAUGGGAUCUACCUCCCGCUGAUGAAGACUAUGACGGCGUGAGUGUAUUGAUCAACGAUGUCGAGCGCUUCCGCGGCUACUUUAACGAUGGCAAGGACGCCGCGCAGUCGUUUACAUGGGUGCGCAACAGCACACUCAAUCUUCCAGAGUACUUUCGUUUCGCCUACAUGAUGGGCGCAUAUGCUGGCGAUUAUACAAAAGCAGCGACGUGGACUGCCGACGGCGCAUGGAAGGAAAUGCAACCAGGACCAUCUAAAUAGACGCAUCUACAUGACUUUUUAUUCUUUGUUGCCAUUUAUUUACGAGCUACAAGACGCAUUAUUUCAUUGUUAUUUAUUACUAGAUAAUACAACCUACGUAUGUUUCUUCUUUCUCCGAUAUAAAAAAU